AUGUCUGCUGGAUUAUCCAAACGUGCUAAAACUCUUGUGACAUCCGUUGCGUAUAGAAAUGACGUGAUAUGUCGACUUAGUAUUGGCCAUGUUAAAGAUCUUCGAAAUGUGAUUGCCUAUCUUGGUUCAAAAAAGGCUGGAGACGAAAGUAUCACCGGUAGCAUCUUCACCAAAAGACUCUUACGAGGGUUCAGUAACGAUAACGAAAAGAAAGAGUUCUUUUGGAAGAUACGAAAAGCUGUCCAUUCUCAAAUGGUUGCGCAUAAAUUAUACCCUGCGGGACGACUAUAUUGGAUAAUUGGCAAAGACCGAAUUCCUUGUCAUCUUCAAAAUGACGAUGUUGAGGAGAAAAAUUGGGUUCAUGAUGGAUACAAACGAUUAACUGAACACAAAUAUAAUAUGGUUGAAGUUACAGACGUUGAAAAAAUAUUCUCUGAAAUUUGGUUCUCCCGGACAAUGCUUCUUGAUCAUUGCCCGUUUUUGUAUAGAAAAAUUCUUAGCAAACUCUCCGAAAUUCAGCCAUAG